AUGCCACCUAGAAAGAAGAAAGUCGCUGAAGAAGAGGUUGUUGCUGAGGAAGUUGAUAACAGCAAGUAUGUUGCCGGUAAGAAGCCAAGAGGCGAUUCGAAAGUGUUGCCGAUUGAUUACAAUACGCCAUUGGAUCCAGAUUCUGAGUUGUUCAAAGAACAAUGGUCGAUUCCAAAAUUGAAUUCCUUUAAUGAUUCUGUUCUAGAUAACUUAACAGAAUCAUACAGGGCGCUAUUCAAGGAUUUCAUUAAGCUACCAAGUAGGAAAUUCCAUCCACAGUACUAUUAUAAGAUCGACAAGCCUAUUUCCAUCAAUGAAAUUAAAUCAAGAAACUAUGAAUUCGCUGGUGGUGCUAAGACUCUAUUGCUGGAUAUUGAACUAUUGCACAAAAAUUGUGCAGUUUAUAAUGAACCUGAUAGUUUGAUUGUGAAAAACUCUCUACAAAUUGUCAAUUAUAUUAAAUAUGAAUUAUUAAAAGCUAAAAAUAUUGAAAGAAAUUAUAAUAUUACAGACGAUGUGAGAAAAAAAUUAUUGGCAUACAUGGAUCGUCUUAUCGAGGCAACUGAUAAAGAGCUCGAGAUAGAGUUCGAGUCAGGAUUUGUCGACGUCGAUGAUAAAAUUAGGUUAAGUGCUCCCUUCAUGGAAUUAGUCGAUAGAGACGAACUUGGUGAAUACUAUGAAGUAAUAUAUAGGCCAAUGGCUUUAUCUCCAAUAAGGAAGAACUUGGAAGUUGGUUUAUAUGCCAAGAUAUAUGACUUUAUAAUAGACGUUCAUUUAGUCUUUCAGAACGCACUUGUAUUCAACGAUCCAGAGACAAUAAUUUAUCAAGAUGCAAAGAAGCUGUUACGUUUCUUUAAUAAAAUUAUGAACGAAAAGUUUUUCGCCGAAUUAUUAGAUGCUAGUGAACGUGGGGAAGUAAAGCUAGUAUUGGAUAAAUCUGAUUUUAACCAAUAUUUAGGUCCAACCAUUAUUAAAACAAGUCAUGCAGUUCUCGAAGACAGUGAAGCUGCCAACUAUGAUUUUAACCAUGUCGAAGGUUUAGGGAAUGGCUACACUCAAGAAAUUUUAUCCGAGGAUUAUCUGUUAGGUCCGUCCUCUUCAAACACUAAUAUGAUCAAUAAACCAUCAAGAAAGAAUUUUGACUAUUUACCAAAAGUUAUGAAAUAUAAUCUUUUGAAAUCCUUAAAGAAAGAAGUCGUCUCUUCGGAUCACGUAAUCCAACACAAACCCUAUGAGAUGAUAAACCAAGUUGCAAUCUAUUCAUCUAAGAAUUAUUACAGUUUAGCAAUAAGACCUUUACCAGGUUCAAGACCUGCUUGCAACCAAGAAUGGAUUGAAUAUAUUUUUAACGGUCGCGAUCUUAACGUACACGAAAAUAUGUUUUCAUUCUCCUUGCAACCUAUCCAAACAUUCAUCACUUUAACAGCUGAUAUCAAUGAUAAUACUCACGACAUCACUUUGAAACUAAAUAAAGAUAUAAUACCAAAAAACAACCAAACUAACAACUCUGCACAACCAGUUGAUGAAAAUACUAAAAAAUUAGUAUCUGUAUCGGAUAAAGUUACCUUUGAUCUAAGACUAAAUGAGGGACUCAACAUAAUAGAGUUGAAUUGUAAAGAUAAUGCGAAUAAUACUUCAGAGGUGAUGAAGUUUUGGGUUAACGUUUUACCAUAA